CUUCUGUGCCUCUGUUAGUGGCAGUCUUUGGAACGACGGCGAGUGCUCAACAUGGCGGGCGUGGAGCAAGAGGCCGUCCCGGUGGAGGAGAAACACCUGAACGGAGAGCUGCUUUUGGAGCCCGAGGAAAGAGAGAGCGCCGGCGGGGCCGCCGCCGAUGAAAACGCCAAGAAGAAACGCAAGAAGAAAAAGAAAAGCAAAGGAGGCGCAGUCGGACAACAAGAGACUGAAAAAGAGUUAGAGGCAACACUUGAUGAGGUAGCAAACCAACUAGAUAAACAAACACUGGAAGAAAAGGAUAAAGAUGAUGAUGAUGAAGAUGGUGAAGGAGACGGUGAUAGUGCAGCAGGAAAGAAAAAGAAGAAAAAAAAGAAAAAGAAAGGACCAAAGGUGCAGACAGAUCCCCCAUCUAUUCCAAUAUGUGACUUGUUUCCUAGUGGAAUAUUUCCAAAAGGAGAGGAAUGCGAAUAUCCAGCAACGCAAGAUGGGAGAACGGCUGCUUGGAGGACUACAAGUGAUGAAAAGAGAGCACUAGAUCAAGCGAAUGAAGAGAUCUGGAAUGACUUCAGAGAGGCUGCUGAAGCACAUAGACAAGUGAGGAAAUAUGUUAUGAGCUGGAUCAAGCCUGGAAUGACCAUGAUUGAAAUUUGUGAAAAACUAGAAGAUUGUUCACGGAAGUUGAUACGAGAAAAUGGCUUAAAUGCUGGGCUUGCAUUUCCCACGGGGUGUUCUCUGAAUAAUUGUGCAGCCCACUAUACCCCCAAUGCUGGAGAUCCAACUGUUUUGCAGUAUGAUGAUAUCUGCAAGAUAGAUUUUGGAACACAUAUUAAUGGUCGUAUCAUUGACUGUGCUUUUACUGUCACAUUCAAUCCAAAAUAUGACAAGCUCUUACAAGCUGUAAAAGAUGCAACUAAUACUGGAAUAAAGUGUGCUGGAAUAGAUGUUCGCCUCUGUGAUGUUGGUGAGGCUAUCCAGGAAGUCAUGGAAUCUUAUGAAGUUGAAAUUGAUGGCAAAACCUAUCAAGGAAGGAGAAGUAUAUGCUAUAGAAACCUUUGGUAGCACAGGAAAGGGGGUUGUUCAUGAUGAUAUGGAAUGUUCUCAUUAUAUGAAGAACUUUGAUGUUGGACAUGUGCCAAUAAGGCUUCCAAGAGCAAAACACUUGCUGAAUGUUGUCAAUGAAAAUUUUGGUACUCUUGCCUUUUGCCGUAGAUGGUUAGAUCGUCUGGGAGAAAGUAAAUACCUAAUGGCACUGAAGAACCUAUGUGACUUGGGUAUAGUGGACCCAUAUCCUCCUCUAUGUGAUAUUAAAGGCUCAUACACAGCACAGUUUGAGCACACCAUAUUAUUGCGUCCAAUGUGCAAAGAAGUUGUCAGCAGAGGAGAUGACUAUUGAAAUUUCAAAGCCAUUACCUCACUUAUGUACUCUGUUGGAACAUGUUAUGCCAGAAUAAAUUUGCAGUCUGUUUUAACAGUCAACUCAAUGUGAUAACUUUCCAUGUUCAGAAGAAAAGAAUUUAAUCAAAGGCAAGUUCUCUAAUGUAACUAAGGAAAAAAAAAACAGCUACUGGGGCUUCUAGAAUAUUUCAGAUUACUUUUAUAUUUUUCUUUUGUGAGAAAUAUGCUACAAAGUGUUAUUUUUAGUUUAGAAUGAGUUAUACAUAUUGUUUGAAAUAUUUCUGAAAAUAUGUUUUUCAGGUAUUUAUAUUACCAUAUUCUUACUUGAAUGCUUUGAAUGAUCACAAAUAAUUUCUGCACCUAAACUGUCUUUGCUGUUGCCUUUUAAACUGCCUGGAAUGCAUUUUGUAAAAUUAAUAAAUCAAUAAAUCAUAAAUUCAAAUAGUUUUUAAAAGUGUCACAAUCCAAGGCAGUAACACACUGGAAAGUCUCUCCCAUUAACCCACCUCUAUUAGAAAAAGUUUCCAGUGUAAGCACAGCAAGCAAAUACAAAGCAGUUUUCAGUUGCAUUGUGUACAUGUUUAUUUUGCUUCAUUAUUUUGCUUUGAAUCAAAUUACUGGUUUUUUUUUCUGAUAUGCUUUAUAAUAGAAUGGGCUAGGACUGACCAUUUUUCUUGCAUUGAAAUGCUGCACUUUU